UGUCCGGACGGAACAACCAACAACCCCGACGACGAGACGACUCCACGCAGGCCGCCGUGGACGCGCGCUUCUCCCAAGCAAGUCCAACCCCUACCCCCAGCCAUCCAUCCGCACUAAAGCCUUCGCUGCGCUAGAUCUCGCCGCCCGCCCCCGAUUUGUUUUCUCGGCCUCUCCCCGUAGCUCGCUCGGCAGAUCUGCGCCUCCUGGGAAUCUCCGUCGCUUCCGUCCAAAGGCCCGAUUCUUUUCUUGCUCUUCGCUGAGGCUUUCCCCGGAUCGCACGGUCGGGGGACACACAGGAUGAUGGGUCCUGCGUGGUGGGCUGUGCUGGUGCUGCUGGCCAUGGCGGACGCCGUGGCGGGGAGGUUCGUGGUGGAGAAGAACAGCGUGCAGGUGACCUCGCCCGAGAGUCUCAAGGGCAAGUACGAGUGCGCCAUCGGCAACUUCGGCCUGCCGCAGUACGGGGGCACCUUGCAAGGCUGGGUCGUCUACCCCAAGGACAACAGGCAGGCCUGCAAGGAGUUCGACGUCUCCUUCAAGGGCCACAAGUCGGGAGCCCGCCCCAACUUCGUCCUCAUCGACCGCGGAGAAUGCUUUUUCACAACAAAGGCAUGGAAUGCACAACUUGCUGGAGCUGCAGCAAUUCUCGUUGUGGAUAGCAAGGACGAGCCUUUGAUCACAAUGGACAACCCAGAAGAUACUGGCACGAAGCACUUAGAAAAUAUCACUAUUCCAUCAGUGCUGAUAACAAAGAAACUGGGCGAGGACCUUAAGAAAUCUGCUGAAAAUGGUGACAUGGUUAGUGUCCUCCUGGAUUGGAGGGAAUCCCUUCCCCAUCCCGAUGAGCGUGUAGAGUAUGAAUUCUGGACAAACAGUAAUGAUGAAUGUGGUCCUAAAUGUGAUAUGCAAAUGGAUUUUGUGAAGAGCUUCAGAGGAACCGCACAAGUUCUUGAGCAGAAGGGUUACACACAGUUCACUCCUCAUUAUAUUACAUGGUAUUGCCCGGAAGCUUUUACCGUGAGCAAGCAAUGCAAAUCCCAGUGCAUAAAUCAUGGGAGAUAUUGUGCACCGGACCCAGAGCAGGAUUUCAGCAAAGGAUAUGAUGGAAAGGAUGUCGUGGUCCAGAAUUUACACCAAGUCUGUGUAUUCAAGGUUGCCAAUGACACUGGCAAGCCAUGGUUGUGGUGGGAUUAUGUACAUGACUUUGCCAUUAGAUGCCCAAUGAAGGAGAAGAAAUACACACAUGAAUGUGCAAGUCAUGUUAUUAAGUCACUUGGUUUGGACAUGGACAAGAUAAACAAGUGUGUUGGAGAUCCUGAAGCUGAUGAGGAAAACCCAAUUCUAAAGGCGGAACAAGAUGCCCAAAUUGGUCAUGGUAAACGAGGAGAUGUCACGAUACUGCCAACCCUUGUCGUCAAUAACAGGCAAUACCGAGGUAAGUUGGACAAAGGUGCUGUUCUAAAAGCAAUCUGUUCAGGAUUUGAGGAGACAACUGAGCCCGCUAUUUGUUUGAGUGAAGAUGUUCAAACAAAUGAGUGUUUGGAGAACCAUGGAGGUUGCUGGGUCGACAAGGCUAAUAACGUCACUGCAUGCAAGGAUACCUUCCGUGGGCGUGUUUGUGAGUGCCCUAUUGUCAAAGGUGUAAAAUUCGUGGGGGAUGGAUAUACCAACUGUGAAGCUUCCGGUGUUGGUAGGUGUGAGAUCAACAAUGGAGGAUGCUGGAAAGAAACUAAGAAUGGGAAGACAAUAUCUGCCUGCUCGCAUGAAGAAUCUGAAGGUUGCAAAUGUCCACAAGGUUUCAAGGGCGAUGGUGUAAAAAGCUGUGAAGAUAUUGAUGAAUGCAAAGCGAAAUCUGCCUGUCAGUGCAAUGGCUGCAGUUGCGAGAAUACAUGGGGAAGCUAUGAAUGCAGCUGUGGUGGUAACAACAUGUUAUACAUGAGAGAGCAAGACACGUGCAUCAGCAAACAAGCUGCCUCCUCAGUCGGCUGGAGCUUCAUGUGGGUUAUUUUCUUCGGACUUGUAUUUGCCGGGGUCGGAGCAUAUGCAGUGUACAAAUACAGGCUACGGAGUUACAUGGAUUCGGAGAUCCGCGCCAUCAUGGCUCAGUACAUGCCUUUGGACAGCCAAGAAGGCGCAAACCAGCAACAGCAUGUCGCGCAUGCUGGUGAUAUCUGAGACCAGAUGGCACUGCUUUUGCUGAGCAACACAGAAGCGUGCAGUGUAUGUAUUAUCAUCGGUGGCGUCGGCUUUACAGCGCGAAGCAAAGAUACGGUUUGUACGCGAGGAGAUUUGAUGUAUGAUUCUAGGAGUUACACUGUUGUGCACCUUCAUUUUGUGAGACACGAUGCACAGCAUAGGCGGAUAUUGUCACGGUUACCCUACUCCCUUUGUCGGCUCUAGACUCAUUGCAUACUACGAACGUUCUACGUGUCAACAUCCUGUAAAUACUUGGUGUUCAGACUACUUGCCCCCGUUAUAUCUGAAUAAAUCUGGAGCCUAGAGGUGGUAUACAGUUCUUUCCUUUUUA